UUUCGCCAACAGGAUGGUUAUCCGAUAUACCUAUCCUUUUUACAUCAGUUGUCAGCCGAGCACGGUCAGCACCUAAAAAUGACCAUUCAAGCGGUAAAACGCUUUUCAAGCCAAGUCCAUCUCGACAUCAAGCAUAACAGCUGCCCUCUUGGUUGUAACCUUCCUGCCUCCCCGAGAAAGCCCGGGCAAAAGCCAUCAACGCCUAUCAAAUAUCAAAUCCAGUUAGGUCUUGCGGUGAACUGCACCGACAUGGCAAACACGCAGCCAAAUGCAAGCCGCACUUAUAUGACUGGUCGACGCCACCAUUCGACUGUGCAUCCAGCUUUUGGAUGCUACCCACCUGAUCUUAUCUUUAGAUAACCACUUCUCGAUGCUUGACGCCGCACACAAAUUACGUCGGACUUGCGAACCCAACAACGAUGUCCACCUUCGCAUCGAGACAGGUGCUUGGCGGUCAGAUGCUCGUUGAUCCACGGCAUUGAUGCCACUGUGUAGCCGGAAGGCUCAAUACUCGCCAAGGUGGUUGGCGAGGUUCACUGCCGCCCGGGACCAACCAUCCAUUGCAGAUGCUGGGACAUGGGUGGGUUUGAGGCGAAGCCCAGCAUGUUUCUUUGUCCCCGAUGGUUGCCAUACCUACCUAGAUCCAACCAAGGGGCCCAUAAUAAGGCCUGCUCCCCCGUCUUUCUGGGACGCCGCAAACCGUGGUGGAAAAUCACACGAUUACCGCUUUGUUGCUGCGCUUUGUUUGUCGUUGACACCUUACCCACAGCAUCUCUUCUGGGUCGUGCCACGCUGCGUGUUGAUUUGUUCUGGCAUUUUCAGGCACCACGACGCUAUUUAAUCCCAGCCCGAUGAACCAGUUGUUGAUGCUUCAAGCCCAACAGACAUCGUGAAAUACGUAGUUAAGACUCCCAAGCCAACAAGACUUACUCCCUAUCCUGUUCCAAAGCAACCACCUCGAUCCUCUUUAUCCUCGGUCGAAUACGGUCAGCCCUUUUUUGCAGCUCGCGCCAAACGCAAACACCAGUCAACAGCCAGGAUGUUGGGAGGAGGGAAGACUCUGGCCCCCCCAAGCGGUACCAGGUUGCGAGACCGCCUCAGCGCGAGCUUUUCUUCUUCACCCUUCUCAUCACCGCCUCCCUCUGUUCAACUCACACCUUCUUCCACCCCACUAGCCGAAACGAGCGGUAGCCCCUCCAGCAACGGUGCAAACCCUCAAGAGGAAGACGCCAUUCUGUUCCCCAAAGUGUACCAAGAUGCCUGGGGAGCUGAAGAUGUCUCCCGGUCGGAUAUUGACCGAGCCCGCAUCUUCCUCCUCCGAAUCGUCUCAAUGAGUGGCGACACUACCGCCAUCGAAAAGCUGAGAGCUAUCCUUGCCGACCCUUCUUACAACAGGACCGUUCCCGCUCUCGCCUAUGCCGUCCAGACUCUGCUCUACCGCAACCGCCAUGCGUCCUUUACCGUCACCCCGCUGCUCCAAGCCGUCCGGUACAUGCUCCUCAAAGCUCGCGUGCCCGAGAACCCGUACACAGACCGUGCCCGAGCCGUGCUAGAUUUCUUUUUCGACCCCGCCCUUCAGAGAAACCUCUCCCCGCUGCCGCCCGGAGAGCUGAUCAGGAUGCUGUACCCUUCCGGUCGACUCAAGGUGUGCAUCAUCGGCGGCGGACCCACCGGCCUAGCAUCCGCGAUAUCCCUCGCCGAGCGCGGCAGGGGCAAAGUCGAAGUCCACGUCUGGGAAAGGAGAUGGAUCAUCACCCCCGAAGGAAAGGUUGACUACCCUGCCACGGCCAAGAGAAGAGACCAGGUCGUGACACUGCAGGACACCGUCACCAAUCUUCUGUCGCCAAGGUCGUAUGAGGCUCUGUUCGCGGGCAGGCCGGAAAGAGUCUGGCCAGGGAGCGCCAAUAUCCAAAUCAGAAAGGUGGAGGAUCGGUUUCUCAAGCAUUGCCAGACGGAGGCGUUUUCCGGGUUGAUUCACUUGCAUGCGGAGGGUGUUACUAGGGAGGAGCUGGCAGCUGGGAAGUGCGGUGAUUUCCACGUGCUGUUAGGUACCGAUGGCGCGGCGUCCUGGGUUAGAAAGAGUUAUUUUGAUGGGUACGAGACAGAAAGGGGAAAGAGUUAUGCUCUGGGCUUGGCCUUUGACAGGGGCGCAAGAAAUGGGCUUCCGUGGAGCCAACCCCUGAAUAUGUUUUUGACGUUGGGACAGACGAGGUAUUUGCUCAACGCUAGCGAUCAUGACGGGAGAGGCUACCUCAACAUGCAACUGACCGAGGAGGAGUGGCACAAGAUGGUCAGCGUCGACGGACAACCGAUUCACUUUGGCCGUCCGGCUUGUCUGAGAAGACCUGAUGGAAGCAUCCCCGAGGGCUUCGAUGAGGGCAGGGUGUUUGCCCCUUCAGAGGACCGAAACUCGCCGUUGUGGAAAGCGAUUGAGGAUGGACUCAAGCUGUUCGGGUUCAAGGAGAGCGAGGUGAUCAACGUGGUGCGGAUUCCCAUCGUGGUCCAAGCGGUGAGAGAAGGCGUCCAUAUGUUGCCGCUGUCAGACUCGUCAUCAGUCACAAGGCCUCACGCUCUUGUUGCUGUAGCAGGCGACGCAGCCAUGACUGUGCACUUUUGGCCAGGUCGUGGGUUGAACAGCGGCAUCAAGGCUGGUAUCGCUCUUGGUGAUGAAAUUUGCCAUGCGCUGAGAGGUGGCAAAUUUGCUGGCUUGGAGCUGAAGGCCAUGAAGGAGUACAACGACUUCAUCAUGAAACUCCAGAAUCGGGAACACGACAAGCGGAGUAUCCCUAUCCUGAAUCUGUCAGGUUCGCCCGAGAUGUUGGGUUGGCUGUUGGACAAGGCCAGGUCUGUUCCUGACGAGGUUGCUAUUGAGUGGUUGGUAGGAGCCAUGGUACAGAUUGCUAGCCGUCUUGAGCAACGUCGCGACUGGCACUUCCCUCCCGAGGCAAACAUCGAACCACAGAUCCGCAUCGUUCUUCGGCAGCUUCACAGCCAGACCCUUCGUGAGAUGGCUGUCAGUUUCCCCUGGCCGACUCGCGAAAUGACAGGCGCCGAGGUUCUCCCCAUUCGCUCGACUAAACCCAUGGAGAAAGUCGCCUGGCUCGAAAGCGUUUGGAAGUUGCUGGACAGAGAUAGUCGAAAGAAGGACGCCUCUCGAGGAGCCUCCCCCGGACCGGCAAACUUGUACGAGAAUAUGAGGAUGAACGCACAAAGAUCGAAAUCGCCAAUGAGGGGGAGGGACCUCAGCCCACAGCGGUCACUGUCGCCCCCGGGUGAGAUGGGGAAUAUGGCUGCCCAGAUGGAAGGUCUGAGCAUGAACGGCGGCCUGGGGAUCACCAAUUCCAGUGGUAGCGUGCAGCGAUCUGCAGGCACUUUGAGCAGGCGAAGUGCCGUGAAAGAGAGGGUGCUGCCAUCGCCUGUCUCAUCAAUGAGUUCUAAUGACCGCUGGAGACAUCCAAAUCUGUCCCAGAAUCUGGAUGUGCCUUGUAUGGGUGGCAAUGGAGACAGAUAUCAAUCUCCUGCUAAGCGUUCGAGGUCACCGGGUCCAAUCGCUGUCAGCCCAGUGUCACCAGACCCCGCCAUCAACUUGACGAGAAUGUUGAGCGUCAAGCGGCCUCCUGGGUCAAUGUUUUCGGAUGCUAUGGCACUAGCGUUGUUUAGGGUCGAUGAUGAUGGUCGUAUUCAAGAUGUUGCUGCUCGAUAAGGAUCAACGGUGAGGUGAACGUUGGCGGGGGAGAUUAGACAGUCCUGAUCAUGAGAAGAAGCAAUAGUGAUAAUCUGAAACCAGCCUGGAAAGCAUGUUGUUGCUCUCUUUCUUGAACCCAAUGCAAUACAAAGGUAUUUCCUAACCCUAGUUUGUUCCACAUUGCAACAACUGUGUUUGCCUGACUG